AAACCCUUUACAUGAAACGCGCUAAAAUAUGACUGUAGAGUAUCCGUAGUCCCUUCACCUUUGGACGGACAAGAUUGACGAUCCUGCGGGGGGCGGGUUCAGUCUUGGGUUCAGUCUCGGGUUCAGUCUCUUGACAUCGACAGACGUAGGUGGCACAGCGUGACCAUGACCUCACCAGAGAUCGCCUCUCUCUCCUGGGGCCACAUGAAGGUGAAGGGGUGCUCGUCCAGCUAUAAGGACUGUAAGGUGUGGCCUGGAGGCAGCCGGGCCUGGGACUGGAGGGAGACUGGGACUGAUCAUUACCCAGGAGUGCAGCCAGCUGAUCUGGAGGAGGUACUGAAGAAGGGAAUAGACACACUGGUCAUUGGCAGAGGCAUGAGUGAAGCUCUGCAGGUUCCCUCCUCCACUGUGGACUUUGUGAGGCAGAAGGGGGUCGAAGUCAAAGUCAUGCAGACUGAGAAGGCCGUUGCUGAAUACAACAACCUGGCUGGCCAGGGCGCCAAGGUGGGCGGGGUCUUCCACUCCACCUGCUGAUGAUGUCAGCGUUGAUGAUCUGAUCGUCACACCUUGAACCUGGGAAACUGCCUGUAGUGUGCCACUGCCCAGACUCUUUGCUGUACGAGGAGCUUGGAGCAGUGUGCUCAUCCUCACAUGUGCCAUCGACAAAACUCUACAGCAGUUCAUGGUUCACUGAUCAGCACAACUUCAGCCAGAGAGGGAAGCAACAAGUGAAAUCAGCUGCUGCUGUGUUUAGUUGAAAUGCAAACCUGCAGGCUCUCGGCUCUCUAUGGCACACGCAUCAGAAGUCCUGCUCACACUGCACUUAGUGCACUGCACGUAGUGGAAAAGCAUUUUAGAGGUCUGUCACACUGUUGGCUUUGACAGCAUUCACACAGGAGAAAGAAUCUGAUUUAAGAAUCAGAUUUCUUUGUGCUACAGUGUCUUUACUUAGCUGUCAAAACAGGGGAAAUCAGAUUCCAGCUGGUUUAUCUCAGAUCUGUCCAAAGGAAGUAUUUUAAAAAAGCAAAUUAAAAAGCCAGAGCUCAGGUCCUCUUUUCUUUACAUGAGGAGCUUCCAGCGUAAGAUUGAUGUUGGUGUUAAAUGUUGUGUGCCUACAUCAAAAGUUUGAUUCAGUUACAAUCAGUGCUGGAUGCCAGGUGCAGUAAUGAUUGCAAAAAUUAUUUUAUAAGGUAAAGUUUGCUAUUAAAUGCAUAGACAUGUCAGAGGCUUUUGCCAUGGUUGUGCCUUUCUUGAACAUUGCAACAUCUGCAGCCUUGAUUACAAUGACAACUGAUAAUUUUCAAGUGAACAGGCUGCUGAUUAUACAGUGAUGUUGGUAAAAGGAACUGCCUUAAUGCUACACUUUGUUCAUUGGCAAUUUUGCAUAGUUGUACAAAAUAAAAUUACAGGAUGCAGAA